GCUCUGCUCCCGGGGAACAGGGACAGGAGGAGAGGGAACGGCCUCAGGUUGUACCAGGGGAGGUACAUGUUGGAUAUUAGGGAAUAUUUCUUCAUGGAAAGGUUUGUCCAGCUCUUACACAGGCUGCUCAGGGCAGUGGUUGAGUCCCCAUCCCUGGAGCUGUUCAAAAAAUGUGUACAUGUAGCAUGUGGGGACAUGGCUUAGUGGUGGCCCUGGCAGUUCUGGGCUAAUGAUGUGACCUGAUGAUAUUAGAGGGAUUUUCCCACCUUACUAAUUCUGUGAUUUUAAACUUGAAGUUCCUGAAGAACCUUUUCCUGCCAUUCACCUCUGGCUCAACCACCCCCUAACACAUCAUCCCCCACUGCCCUCCCUAGCACCCAUAGGCCUCGAUGAGUAAAUUCUCCAUGAACCUGGACACCUUGAAGAAGCAUUUCAGGUGAAAAGCACCAACCUCUCAUGAGGCAUACUCAUCUGUCAGGGGUCUUUAAGCAAUUUCUGUUGAUAGAGCCCAGUUGGGAGAGGGUGCAAUUGCUGCGAGUCAUGGUGACAGGUACAACCUGCUGUGACCCUCUAAAGGUGCUGCAGAGGGGAGAUGCUCUGUGAUUUGUGAUUUCCUCGCAACUCCACCUUGUGGUUCCUGUGUGAGCUUCAUGAUCCAAGGCAGGAAUUCUCCUUCCCCAGAUGCUCCUUCCAGCUCAGCAACCCUACCCCCAGGGAGCCAAUGGCCACGUGGCCUUGCGCAUUAGCCUGGCCUGUCAUCUCAUUGAUUCCCUCCUGGCUAAUCCUGGCUGAGCCGGGCUGGGGUGAGCAGGGCUCAGCUGCUCUCCAUGGCUGCAUCCACCCCGCUGCCCCCCAGCCUGCGCCGGGGCUUGGUAGCCUUUAGUGGCUCCCUCUUCAUCAACAACAAGACGUGGGAUAGCGGCACUGCUCACGCCUACCAGCCAGCUCACGAGGUGCUGUCCAGCCUGCCGCUCCAGGUGAUGCUCUACUUCAAUGUCUACUACUUCCCGGUCUGGUGCCUGGCUGAGGGAAUUAUGCUGCACCUGAAGUACCACCUGCUGCCUUGGCACUACCAGUUCCUGCUGGUCACAGCCUUCCUCAUCCUCUCACUGGCUGAGGGAUCCCGCCUCUACCUGGGCUACCUGGGGAACCUCCAGGAGAAGGUGCCUGAGCUGGCUGGGUUCCUGCUUCUCUCCUUCCUGAUCCAGCUGCCCCUUCUGCUCUUCCUGCUGACGGACAGCCAGGUCAUCCACCUGCCGCUGGAGGUACCCAUGCACAGCUUGUUCCUGGCCUUCCUCCUCCUCGAGAUCGUGGCUGCCUUCCUGGCACUGAGGACCAUGACCAAGCAGCUGGCGGCACAGUUCUACCUGCGGCAGUUCCAGGAGGGUGGGAGGGGCCGGCUGGAGCCAGGGGGCACAGGCAGCUGA